UCCAGGCUAAAGUGGACCCCUCAUGGCCUGCUACAGCAUCAGACUGGAUCUACUCCAUGCCGGAGGGGCUACGGUCUCUUCUGAACCACAUUAAAACAAAAUAUCUAGCAGUUAACAAUCUGCCCAUUUACAUAACUGGGAAUGGCAUGCCAACAAAUGACAGUGGAGACACCCUGAAUGAUGUUAGCAGAAUAGAGUACAUGAGGGGUUACAUCAGUGAGGCCCUAAAAGCCAUUGAAAUCGAUAAAGUGGAUGUGCAGCGAUUCACAGUGCAAUCACUUAUGGAUGGAUUUGAGGGAAAUAAAGGGUACAGUGAAAGAUUUGGACUACAUCAUGUAAAUUUUGAAGAUGGAAACAGACCAAGAACACCAAAACAAUCAGCAUAUUUCUUUGCUCAGAUCAUCGAGCAAAAUGGUUUUGUUUCACGCAAACAAGAUCAUUUUGAAGGUGUGAAAAUAUCACCACCUCGCCGCUCCACCCCACUGCCACCCUCAGAGGUCCCAUCGGCAUCAAAGGCUGUCUGGGAAAAAUUUACGCCACAGAAAAAGUUUGACAGACAAAUGUAUCACUAUGGCAAUUUCUCACAAGACUUCUUAUGGGGCGUCUCAUCUUCAGCUUACCAGAUUGAGGGUGGAUGGAAUGCGGAGGGGAAAGGACCCAGUGUAUGGGAUACAUUCACUCAGACCCCAGGUAGUGGUGUUCCUGAUAAUGUGACUGGAGACAUUGCCUGUGACAGUUACAAUAAACUUAAAGAAGACCUUUACAUGCUGCAAGCCUUGAAAGUGAAGUCAUAUAGAUUUUCUCUGUCAUGGUCUAGAAUCUUUCCCAAUGGUAGACGUGAAUCCCUGAACCAAAAGGGUGUUGAUUAUUACAACAGACUUAUUAAUGGCCUCUUGGCCAGAAAAAUCACCCCAAUGGUCACAAUUUAUCACUGGGACCUCCCGCAAGCUCUACAAGACAUUGGUGGCUGGCAGAAUGUGCAGAUGAUUGACAUUUUUAAUGAUUAUUGUGACUUCUGCUUUGCCACCUUUGGUGACAGAGUAAAAUUCUGGAUGACCAUGAAUGACCCUCAAGGACUUGCAUGGCUAGGAUAUGGAACUGGACAAAUCCCUCCAAACAUGGAGGAGCCAGGAACAGCACCAUACGAAGUUGCACAUAACUUAAUAAAAGCUCAUGCUACAGCAUAUCACACAUACGAUAAGACAUACCGCGCUUCUCAAGGAGGUAUGGUUUCCAUUGCCCUCAAUGCUGAAUGGGUUGAACCUAAAGACAUCAAUGUCCCUCGUGAUCUUGUUGCUGCUGACCGUGCAAUGCAGUUCCAUCUGGGCUGGUUUGCCCACCCAAUCUUCAAGAAUGGGGACUAUCCAGAGGCCCUGAAAGCCCAAGUUUUGGUCAAAAGUGAACUCCAAGGUCUUAAAACAUCAAGACUCCCAUCUUUCACAGAGGAGGAAAAGAACUUGAUCAAAGGAACUGCUGAUAUGUUCUGUGUGAAUCACUACACUUCUAGAAUAGUAACCCAUGUUACAGGUGCAAUUUUGCCACCAUCCUAUCAAAAUGACAGAGACUAUACAGAAGAAGAGAUGACUGAUCAACCAACAACAGCAAUUGAAUUCACAAGAGCUGUAUCAUUUGGCAUGAGAAGGCUCCUCAACUGGAUCAAGGAAGAAUAUGGAGAUCCAGAUAUUUACAUUACUGAAAAUUCAGUUUCUACUCCUAUGGAAUAUGCGUAUGAUGAUAUUGACAGAGUAUUUCUUUACAAAACCUAUAUUGAUGAGGCUCUUAAAGCAUAUGAACUUGAUGGUGUCAAGGUGAAAGGCUAUGCAACAUAUCUCAUGGAUUCUUUUCAGUUCUUCCAUGGGUACCAGUUAGGGUUUGGUCUCCACUACAUAGAUUUCAAUAACAUACACCGACCAAGAAUACCUAAGUUUUCGGCACAUCUCUACUACAAUAUUAUGAAGGAUAAUGGCUUUUCAUUACCAGAUGAUGAAAAGAUGUUAUAUGGAGAAUUCAAAAAGGAUUUCAUUUGGAGUAGUGCAACAGCAUCAUACCAGAUUGAAGGGGCAUGGAGACAAGGUGGAAAAGGUCUCAGCAUCUGGGACAAGUUUACACACACUCCUGGAAAUAUACUUCAGCAUGACACUGGGGACAUUGCUUGUAACAGUUACAAUAAGAUGGAAGAUGACAUUGCUGCACUGAAGAAAGUCAAGGUGUCUCACUAUCGCUUCUCCGUGUCCUGGCCAAGGAUCCUGCCUGACGGUACUACCAAAUACAUCAAUCAGGCUGGUCUAAAUUACUACAAGAAACUGCUGGACUCCCUUAUUGCUGCAAACAUUCAACCUCAAGUCACUUUGUACCACUGGGAUCUCCCACAAGCUCUACAGGACGUUGGAGGUUGGGAAAAUGAGACCAUUAUUGAACGAUUCAGGGAUUAUGCAGAUGUUCUCUUUGAGAAUCUUGGUCCCAAAGUGCAACUUUGGAUCACUUUCAAUGAGCCCUUCAUAAUAGCAAUAUUAGGCCAUGUCCAAGGCACACAUGCCCCAGGUUUCAGUGACCGACCAGAUACUCUUCCUUACAUUGUAAGUCACAACAUAAUCAAAGCCCAUGCAGAAGCCUGGCAUGUCUACAAUGACAAAUACAGAGCCUCACAAAAUGGAAUGGUCUCCAUCACUGUAAAUGCGGACUGGGCAGAACCCAGAAACCCCUACAAGCAAGAGGAUUAUGAAGCUGCACGAAGUGUGGUUGAGUUUUAUCUUGGCUGGUAUGCGCAUCCCAUUUUUAAUGGUGACUACAGCCCUCUAAUGAAGAGAUCUGUUCUAGAGCAAAGUCUUGCAGGUGGUUUGACAAAAUCCAGGCUUCCUGAGUUUACUCCUGACGAAAUUAAGAGAAUUAAUGGCACAUAUGAUUAUUUUGGAUUAAACCAUUACUGCAGUGUCUUGGCAUUCCCUGUAGACUUUGGGGAAAUUCAGCACUUUGAGGCAGACAGGGGCGUGGUACUUCUUAGAGAUCGUACCUGGUUGGAGUCAGGUUCACACUGGCUGACAAUGACCCCAUUUGGUCUCCGAAGAUUGCUGAAAUUUAUUAAGCAUGAGUUCGGAAAUCCUCCAAUAAUCAUCACUGAGAACGGUGUCUCUGAAAACGGACCAGUUGAUCUCAAUGACGUUCACAGGAAAUACUUCUAUGAAAAGUACAUCAACCAAGUGCUGAAAGCUUAUUUGCUUGAUGACGUGAAUGUCAUUGGCUACACUGCUUGGUCUCUGCUGGACAACCUGGAAUGGGCUGUUGGCUAUACAGAGAGAUUUGGACUUUUCUAUGUCAAUCGCUCAGACCCUGAUCUCCCUCGAACCCCCAAAGCUUCUGUGUCCUUUUACUCCUCCAUCAUCAGCUGCAACGGGUUUCCCGACCCAACAACUGGACCUCAUGAGUGUUGGAACUCUACCCCUACAGCUAUCCCUACCUCUGCUCCUACCACUACAUCUACCACUGAAUCUACCACUACAUCUACCACUGAAUCUACCACUGAAUCUACCACAACUCCUAAACCUGAAGGUAAGGUGAUCUGAUUCCAGAUCAGAUCAAAAUGCUCUUAAAUAAAAAUGCAAAGUUGGACAUGUGAUUGAUAUCAACUUUACUGAUCAAAAUAACCCCAACAAUAGGUUUGGGAAAAUUUACUAGCACAAGCUAGAUUAUCUGGAAGCCUCUGUAUUUGUUUCAGAAUGCAACGUUGCAAAGUUUAGAAAUAUUUCACUGUUAAAGGUCUGUUGAAGGUUAUUAAUUAAAAUAUGUAUUUAUCUUUUCCUGCAGUAACU